CAAAACGAGUAAUACAUGCACAGAUGCGAUUUCAUCCUCGAUUCUUCCAAUUUUGUAUGACACACUUUUGCAAUAACUGGAAAUUUCUUCGAGAUGAGAUUCCCCGUGGCUUGCGCGGUUUUUUUUCAAAGUAAGUGAAGUGACUAUGGGCUUUUCGGUACAAAAAACUGCAGAGCCAAACUCUGAUCACGCGAUCGCAGGCGCUGCCAGUGGUUUUAUAACGAGAUUUCUAUGUCAACCUUUGGACGUCAUAAAAAUUAGAUUUCAAUUGCAAGUUGAACCAAUUUCAAAGUGUCACAUUAGUAAAUAUAGAUCUAUGUCACAAGCUGUACUACUAAUUAUAAGAGAAGAAGGAUCUGCUGCCUUAUGGAAGGGUCACGUACCUGCACAAUUACUCUCAAUUGUCUAUGGGACAGUUCAGUUCUAUUCUUACAACGUUUUUACGAAAAUGCUGCAACAAGUUCCACAAAUUGAGGAAUGGCGUCACACGACGCAGUUUGUCGCUGGAGCUGGUGCUGGCAGCAUGGGGACAAUCUUCUCGUUUCCUUUGGACACUGUGAGAACUAGAUUAGUGGCCCAGUCGAGUAAUCACCAGGUGUAUAAUGGAGUAUUACAUUCUUGCAGUUCGAUUCUUCGACAAGAAUCAUCGAAAGUCUUCUUUUCCGGUCUGCUACCAACUUUAUUGCAAAUUGCUCCACACACUGGCCUGCAAUUUGCGUUCUAUGGACUUUUCACAGAUUUCUAUAAGAGAUGUACUUCUGAUACCAAUACUAGUUUCUAUAAUUCUAUGUUAUCUGGUAGCGCUGCCGGGCUCCUAGCGAAAACAGUCGUAUAUCCGUUUGACCUCGCUAGAAAAAGAUUACAGAUACAGGGUUUCCAGCACGGCCGUAAAGGAUUCGGCAAGUUUUUCCAAUGCAGUGGGUUAUUGGAUUGCUUGAGAAUAACGGUAAAAGAGGAAGGCGUACGAGGUCUAUUCAAAGGUUUAACGCCGAGUCAAGUUAAAGCCACUGUGACUACAGCUUUUCAUUUUACAGCGUACGAGCAAGUUCUAUUACUAUUAAAGACACUGAGAUAAUAGAAGGGGGAUAUAUAUAUAUAUAUAUAUAUAUAUAUAUAUAUACACACAUAUAUAAUUAUUUUUAUAGAUGCUGCUUAAUUUAUACCUUGUAUUUUAAAAGACUGAUUUUUAAGACUGAUUUCUAUAAUUACAUAAUAUACUCUUCUCUAGAUUACAUAAAUUGUAUAAUGUACAUAUAUAAAUUGAAAAAAUAAAUAAAUUUAUCUUA